AUGAAUCUCACCCCAAGUGUAGACGGUGAUCUCCCAUAUCAGGCUAUGUUUGGAAGAUCACCAAAACGGCUUAUGAAACUUCUACAUGUGUUUGGAUGUUUAUCAUGGGUAAACAUUCCUAAAGCUAAAAGAGAUAAUAAGAAGCCCAACCAAUGGGCCAUAGCAUCCAUAUUCCUAGGAUAUAGUUUAGAAAGGAGAGGUUGGCUCUUCUACAGCCCAAACAUAUUCUGGAGUAAUUCAGCAAGGUUCAUGGAGACCAAGUGCUGGUCUGACAGGACAGAGUGGCAACCAGUGACUGCACAGUCACCACCAGCUCUAGCAAACGAGGAAAACUUCGACGAUCUAAGAUACACAGAUGAGAACCUUUUCAAUGAGAGGGAAAAGGAACCAUUGCAGGAAUACAUGGACAUGGAGAAUGUCGAUGAAACAGACCAGGAACAGAUCUCAAAUGAAGUUACCAAGGAAACAAUUGAACACAACCCCAUUGCCGAUAGAUGGAAUAAUGAUAAACUUUCUGGAUUUACGGCGAUCAGUGACAACAAAAGGAAGAACAUGGAUCCAACCAUUAGUGAGGCACUAUCUGGAGAAGAUAAGAAACACUGGGAGGAAGCGAUGCGUAAGGAGCUGGAUGGACUUAAAGCCAUGGGCAUGUGGGAAGUUGCCGAUCUCCCAAAGGGCAUGACUACUGUCAACAUGCAUUGGGUAUUAAAGAUCAAGAUGGAUGUGAACUUAAUCCCAACCAAGUUCAAAGUGAGGUUAGUGGCAUGGGGCUUUACUCAAAGAGAGGAUUGUGUCGAUGUUAAGCAGGCAUAUUUGAACUCAAUGCUGCAUCAUGAUAUUUUCUUGAAACCACCACUUGGGAUGAAGGUUUCCUCUGGAAAGGCCCUAAAACUAGUGAAAGGACUAUAUGGUUUAAAACAAUCAGGUAGAGAAUGGAAUGUAGAGCUAGACUCACACCUACAAAGAAUAGGUUUCCACUGCAUGCCAAGUGCCCCAUGCUUAUACUCAAGAGGAACAGGCAAUAGCAUGACAAUCAUCACAGCAUAUGUUGAUGACAUGCUCAUAGCGUCACCCAGUCAUACAGAAGUAGAUCGCACUAAAAAUGAGAUAAUGGCAAAGUGGGGAACAGAGGAUAAAGGACCCAUGAAGGAGUUCUUAGGUAUAAGCAUAGACCAAGACAGGGUACGAAAGAGGAUGACACUCGACUUGACAGCUUAUAUUAAGGCUAUGGUGAGAAAAUGGCUACAAACAACUGAUCAGAAGUCAUGGAUACCAAUGCAGAGCCUAACAGGUAUUAUGGGUGGCAACAAGUGUGACCCAUUAGUGGCAAAGCAGUACCAAGAACUGGUUGGACAACUUUUAUGGGUAUCCAACACUGCACAGCCCGACAUAUCAUUCACCAUAGGAGCACUUGCAAGAUACAUGUUGAGCCCAACAAGCAAUGCAUGGAAAGCAGCACUACACUUGGUAAAGUACCUCAAUCAAACCAGCAAGUACAAGCUAGCUUUUGGAGACAGAAUGAACAAACAUUUGGGACAACAUAUCAUUACAUAUACUGAUGUGAAUUGGGCAUCAGACCCAACGAACAGAUGA